UAAGCUGCCUAGAAAAGAAAAUUAAAACCAGACGCUAAAGCAGCCACAAGAAAGGCAGAAGAGGAACAUGGGUUACCUCCUUCAAAUCCUGCUCGCUCUCUUCAUUUCUGUCAUCGGCGGCCUCUACCUGCUGGGGGCUUUUCGUCGCAGACGGCCCGGAGAACCUCCUUUAGACAAAGGCCCAUUUCCCUGGCUUGGCCAUGUGCUGGAAUUCAGGAAAGACACAGCAAAAUUCCUACAGAGAAUGAAAGAAAAGCAUGGUGAUAUAUUCACAGUGCAGCUUGGAGGCUUUUAUUUUACUUUCAUCACAGAUCCACUUUCCUUCGGCUCAGUGGUUAAAGAAGCAAGAGCAAAGCUGGACUUUACUAAGUUUGCAGAGGUACUGGUUAGAAGAGUAUUUGGUUAUCAUUCAAUGACAGAUGAACACAAGGCUCUCCAGACAUCAAGCACCAAACAUCUCAUGGGAGAUGGCCUGGUUGUCAUGACUCAAGCCAUGAUGAAAAAUCUCCAGAAUUUGAUGCUCCACAGUGUCGGAUCUGGAGAUGACAAGGCAUGGCAAGAAACAGGUCUCUUUUCUUACAGCUACAACAUUGUCUUUCGUGCUGGCUAUCUUGCUCUGUUUGGUAAUGAGUCACCCAAAGGUGCAGGAUCUUUAGAAAAAGCUAAGGAAAUUGACCGGGAACACUCGGACGAACUUUUCUGGGAGUUCAGAAAAUAUGACCGGCUCUUUCCUAACCUGGCUUACGGUGUCCUGGGGCCCAGUGAGAAGAUGGAGGCAGAGCGUUUAAAGAAAUUGUUUUGGAACAUGCUUUCAGUGAAGAAGAUGAGCACCAAAGACAAUAUCAGCUGCUGGGUGCAGGACCAACUGCAGAUCAGGGCUGAAAACGGCAUGUCUGAGUUCAUGCGUGAUCGUCACAUGUUUCUUCUUCUGUGGGCAUCUCAGGGAAACACCGGCCCAUCUGCCUUCUGGCUGCUUUUGUAUCUGAUGAAGCACCCUGAUGCCAUGAAAAAUGUCAAGAAAGAAGUCGAGGAGGUUUUGCGAGAAACUGGGCAAGAGGUGAAACACGGUGGACCAUUGAUUGACCUGACCAGAGAUAUGCUCCUCAAAACUCCCAUCCUAGACAGUGCAGUAGAAGAGACUCUCCGUCUAACAGCUGCCCCUGUCCUUACAAGAGCCGUUCUUCAGGAUAUGACCAUCAACAUGGCCAAUGGACAACAAUACAACGUUCGUGAGGGUGAUAGAGUAGCAAUGUUUCCCUACACUGCCAUUCACAUUGAUCCAGAGAUUCAUCCAGAUCCCCACACCUUCAAAUACGACCGUUUUCUCACAGCAGAUGGAAACAAAAAAACUGAAUUCUACAAAGGUGGAAAGAAACUCAAGUACUACAACAUGCCCUGGGGUGCAGGAAACAGCAUGUGUCCCGGGAGAUUCUUUGCCACAAAUGAGCUCAAGCAGUUUGUUUUUCUCAUGUUGACAUACUUUGACUUUGAGCUGAAAAACCCAGAUGAAGAGAUUCCAGAUAUUGAUAUCAGAAGGUGGGGGUUUGGCUCCAUGCAACCAACUAAAGAAGUUCAGUUCAGAUACAGACUCAGAUUUUAAAACUAUAUUUUCAUUUCAUUUUUAAUUCAUGAAAGUUGGCUUUCCACUUAUAUAUUAUCCUGUGCAUUUGAACUUUGAGGUUGCUGGAUAAAAGUUAUUGUGAUCUCUAUUAUUAUUGUGUCCUCUAUUACAUGUCCUCUAAUACUCCAAAGUGAUGUUUUCACAAAAUCUCACAGAGAACAUGAGUGUGUGUCUUUUGUGUUACAUAAAGAAUAUAACUAUGUGAUAACAGAUGUAAAAAAACUGUACUGGGAAUAUAUGUCUGCAUACUCUGUAGAUCCUUAUCUUGUUUUAACAUACCAUACAGUAUAUAUUGUGCUUUUGCCCAUGUGCUAUUUAAGAGACCAAAUAGAAUCUCAUGCAUAAAAUAAAGAUACACUUCUUUGUAAAUUUCCAAAACAA